UCUGGACUCUCUCUCUCUAUUACUUGUCUUCAAUCUCAGUUUCCCGCUACUUCGUGUCCAUCCCAAUCUCUCCAAACUGUCUCUCUCUCUCUCUCUCUCUCUAACGUCUCCAUAAAUGAAACCCUAAUCAAAAGGUCGGUUUCGGUGGAUCUCAUUUUCUGAAACUCCAACAUCGUUUUUUUCUUCUCUAUUUUGUCUUUUCUUAACUUGACGGUUACGGCUUCAGAACUCAUCUAAACAACGAUCUCUGAAGCCCUAGACUUCGCCUUUGAGUUUGGGGAAGUGAGUCGGUGUAGAGAUCAUGAUACAAGUUAAGGAGGAGGAGGAGGUUAUUGUGGAUUUGACGAAGGAAGUUGGAUUGAUGUCAUGUUCUUCGGUGUCUGACAGCAGCUGUGACACGGUUAAUCCGAGAUCUCCCUCUGUUUUCGGUUGUACGAGGACAACUGGUCCAACUAGGCGUUCGUCACAGGCAGGCUGGACAGAGGAAGAGGAUAAUCUGUUAACUGAAGAAGUCAAAAAGUUCAAUGGGAAAAAUUGGAAGAAAAUAGCUGAAUGUAUUCCUGGACGGACGGAUGUUCAGUGUUUGCAUCACUGGCAGAAGGUUCUUAAUCCUGAACUUGUCAAGGGAGCCUGGACAAAGGAGGAGGAUGAUUGUAUCAUUGAGUUAGUUGAGAAGUACGGUUGUAAGAAAUGGUCUGUUAUUGCAAAGUCCUUACCAGGUCGCAUAGGCAAGCAGUGUCGGGAAAGGUGGCAUAACCAUUUAGACCCGGCAAUAAAGAAAGAUGCGUGGACCAAAGAAGAGGAGUUGAUUCUUUCUUACUACCACAAAAUAUAUGGGAACAAGUGGGCAGAACUAGCAAGGUUUCUACCUGGAAGGACUGAUAACGCUAUAAAAAAUCACUGGAAUUGCUUGGUGAAGAAGAAAUUGGAUAUAAUUUCACGUCGCAGGUUUCCGCUGGAUAUUAUGCAGGGAACUUUAUCUCCUGACUUCUACUGUUGUGAAACAAAACCAGGGUGUGCUGAGAUUGCAGUAGCUAGACAGAAUUCUGGUGAAACAUCUUCCGGUGACAAGAAAAAGGGCUUGGACUAUGUUGUUGACACUUGUUCCACGGAUUUGGUUCUUGGAAAUGCUAAUUUAGGUAGGAAACAUUUAAAAUCAAAAGCUUUUAUGGUAGGAACUUUUAGAUCUUUGGAAGAAGGGGUAAAUGAUCAUGCUAACGCGUGUGACUCUUUGAAAGAGUCUUCUUCAGACAUUUCCUUGGAUGCGUCUUGGUCUACUAAAAGAAAUUGUCUUCCUCUUGAGAUUCUUCCUGUUACUUCUAAGAGUAUGUUUGAAUCUCCUAAAAGGCCUAGGGAUUUUGGUCUGAGUGUCAAGGAUUUAAGAUUUGGGAGCGCAUCAGACAAUUCCUUUUUAAGUUUGUCAAUGCAUGAAUUCAGAGAGGAAAAUAGUCAAGUUGGCAAGAAAAACAAAGUAGGAGAAUCACCUUAUCCAGAUUAUAGUUCUUAUGGUCACUUGUGGUAUAAGCAUCCCCAAUUGAAGGAUUUGGUUUCUUUGAUGGAGCAAGGCGGAUGUCCAAGUCUAGACAACCACCUUAAGCAUGCAAAGAGUAACAUUUACCUUUCUACUCCCCCUAACCUUGCACUUAGUAGUAAUGGUAGCAGUCCAGAAUCUUUAUUGAGGAACUCAGCAACGAGUUACAAAAAUACUCCUUCUAUCAUAAGAAAGAGGGCUUCCAGAGACGCUGGCUGUGAUAACUAUUCUGAUUUCACCUGCACUCCUGCACAGAAUAUAUCAUGUAUUCGUGAUAGGGAAGAUGUCUACUGCACAGACUUUGUAAAAGCAAAGCAAGGUGUACUUUAUCCUCGUCAUACACCUGAAACACUAGUUUCUGAAAAAUCUUUGGGAAGAAGAUUGGAUUACACAUUUGAUAUCGAAUGGGAUCCAGCAGCAGUUAGAUGCCGUACUCCAGUUUCUGCAACUGAAACUUCAGAUGUUAAGUUUGGUGCAAAUGUGAUGUUGACUCCUUAAAACUAUUCAGUUGGAACUUGUGCCAUGCAUGUAAUAAUGAGAGCCUUGGUAAGCAAACAAAGUUUACAUAACAAUGAAGGCCUUCUAUGGGUGUUUCGAACCAGAGAGGUUAUAUUCAACUCAUGGAUGCAUCUGCCAUUUAUGAAAUAGAAAGGGACGUAAUCAAUUAGAUGAUGAAAUGUGAAAUCAGUGUUUUGGUAUAACAUAGUAUAGAUUGCCGGUUUUGCCAGUUCCUGUACCCGACAAAGUUGGGAAUUGUAGAAUCCUUGUACAAACUCUACAAGUUGCUCUGUUUUGAGGUGGCAAGUUUAAUGUUCCAAUGAGAUGUAGUUUCUUUUCAAAGUUCUUACAAUUGGCUAUGUAAAUAUGUUUGUCUUUCUUUUUCUUUUUCCAUUAUAAGAGAUGAUAAUGACAUUACAACAGGGCUUGAGAAAUUCACGGAACGUUUAGGCAAGAAGCCAUGUGAACAUGCUUAUGGAGCUGGUAGUUUGCUUUGUUGGAUCAUCAGAGCAACUUUUGUGUUCGAUCCAGGCACAGCCAAUGCUUGUUUUUAUCGGUUCAGCCAAGAGUUACAGAUUGAUUGUUCCGCUAAAAGUAAGAUGUUUGGACACUCGUGUUCAAAUGCCUUCCCUCGGCAUCCCUCACCCAUGAAUGAUACGGUUUUUCUAAUUGAAGGCUGUAGUUUGACAUCAUCUCAUAUUUUCUGGGGGCAAGAAUUGUGGUUUGUUUUCCCUCCACCGCAUUGCAGGUGUGGAAAAUUUCUUGAGUGUGUUUCUAAGGGGAAGGUUCUUUUCUUUGUGUAAUUGUGUGCCAAUUCAUUAGAUGGCUAACACUCAUUGCAUGAUGAUAACGAAAUGUAGUGUGUUUUUCUGGUAAAUGUUUGGACAAUAUUAUUAUUGG